AUGGAAAAAAUGGAAUCUUUAUUUGAUACCAGCAAUCUUACGAUUGAUGAUAUCAAAACUGAUUUCGAGUAUUAUGAAUCGAUGAAUGCCCUUAAAUUGUACAUGAAAAACGUUUGGAAGACUGAGCCAGCGCCAAUAUCACAAUAUUUUGCCAUAAUUGCUGGUGGUACAAACGGAAAUAAUAUUGCAUAUACUCGUGUUCCAUCUCUUUCGUCAACAAGACAUGCAAUUGAUGUCUAUAAUCACAAAUUACAAAAAGUUGAGACAUAUAUCAAUACAGAUACAUGUAAUCGUGCAUAUAUGCAUUAUAAUUUAGAAGGACACUUAUUUUUCUUUGCGGCAAAUGGAAUUUCGAAUACAAUUACAGAAUAUUUUAAUUCAUGCAUCAUUUCAACAUACGAAUUUGAAACCACAAGUGAAGUUGUGUUCUGUCAGAUGUUAGAUUACGGAUGUGUAUGUAUUACAGAUGAUUACAAAGUUUAUUUCGUUGAAAAAUAUAAUAAUAUGGGAUAUCUCUUUUCUCUUCCAGAAGUAAGCCAAUACCCGUACUACGCAAUUGUUGAACCUAGGAAUUCCGCUAAUGAUCAGCCAAUUGUUUAUAUUGGCGACGGAAAUAAAUUAUAUGCUUGUUCUAUUACAGGAACAGUCACUAUGGAACUUCCCAAACCAGUUACAAGACUUUCCUUAUCUCCACGUUACGAUUUCAUCUCAAUUGGAUUAGGAAAUGACGAAAUUGCGAUUUUAAAGAGCGAUUUAGGCCAAGAUUUAGUUCUUCGUAUUGAUUGUGACUUACAAAAUGUUACUUACUUCGGAUGGCUCGGAGAUUCCAUUCCUUUGGUUAUUUCCGGCAAUCAAGUUUAUUUAUACGAUGUUUACAAGAUGUCAACUUACUUUGAUGUCGGCCCUGACCCCAUAUUUAUAAACUGCGGGUCUUAUGCCAUGAUUUUCUCUCAAGAACAGCUUACAAUUUUAUCUGAAUUAGGAAGUUCAUCUUUUGAAUGUAUUUCCGCCGAUACACCAGCCGGAAAACUCUGUAGAGCCUACGACAAGCGUUCUUCUGUCGAAGUAAACAAUAUAAAGCCGAAAUUGUCAGAUGCAGUUAAAAGUUGCAUUUCAGCGGCCAUGGAGUGUUGUUUUGAUGUUGACAAGCAGAAAUAUUUCCUUGCCGCUGCUGUUUUCGGCAAUUUCCAGCUCGAAUCUCCGAUAGAUAUUGAUUUUACCAUUUUAUGCCUCAGAAUCUCCAAUUCUCUCCGUAACGACCUUUUCCUAUGCAGUGGCUACGAAGAAACCGAGCGAUUGAUCAGAUCCGGCUCAGCUCCGAUGAGAUAUUGUGCUUUUGGACAGUUUGGCAGGGCAUCCAAGGUCUGCGAGCUUAUUGGCAGCCGUCCCUCUCGUGUUGUCACAGAAUGGUGUCGAAGAAUCAUGAUUUCCAGGACUUCAGAUGACAAUGAUUCCAUUUUGAGGCUUUUCAAGACCAAACUGAACUCAGGCCUCAACCCCACAGACGUUGCCUUUGCUGCCAGACGUCUAAACAACCCAGAACUCGCAAAAAGUGUCGGAUUAUUAGAAAGAUUUCUGGCAAGAAUCGUAAAUCUCUGGCUGGAAGAGGGUCUUUGGGAAGAUGCCCUUCAAGCAGCCACAGAUUCCAUGGACGAUACCAUUCUAGUUCCCUUAUUACAAAAAUGCAUAAACGCGAAUGGCGAAGAAUACCUUCAAACCAUCAUUUCCAAGAACAAGAACCUCUACUACGCCAUAGAACGAGUGUUCGGAGACUAUCCUGACAAUCCAUUGACCGUUCUUCUGAAGAAAACCGAAGUUUCGAAGGAAACAUCGGAUAUAACUGUUCGAAGAAGGGUCAGAGAGAUGGGAUUUCCAGCUAGCGCGCAGACAACAGCCAUCCUGAAUGACAUAGACCAUAGAUUCGACCUCCCUUACGUACAACACAUGGUGAAAAUGGUGAAAUUCUGUGAUGAUUUGUAUCAAUACCAAGGAUACGCGUCAAGGAAUUUGCCUUUCAACCAGGCCAUUGUUGAAGAAGCUGCUGUUGAUAUAGAUGCUGCAUUGGAUAAGUGCGAAAAGACUGGUUUCUCAAAAGAAAGAUCGAUACAGAUAAUCGCGAGAGGUUUCAUAAAGAAAAAUGACUUUGUGAAGUUGGAGAGAUUGACUGCGGACAAAUACGGGAAAUUCCACAUUAAUAUCAUCAAAACUGUUUACUUGUUGAAGGGAAAGGAACAGGCACAGAAGUUUGUCAACAUGAUACUUGAUAAGAAGAGGAACUUAGAAGCAACAACUUUCUUGAAUGAGUUCAAUGAAAAUGAAUGGGAUGAAGAUGAAAAAUAUCCUCAACAAUCUUUCUUCACAAAAUAA